CGUGCCAGCAGUGGAGGGGGAAACACGUGCUCUCACUCGCUCCUCGUUUUAUAUUUCUCCAGGCAAUACCUCACAUGAUAUGUGAUAAACUCGAGACUGUCUCCUGUUUACUGGGCGGAAGACGAGGUGUUUUAGCCGUCGACCGGAGGCUGGUGUGAGGGAGGACCUGAUCCGCGGCUGGUGCUACCACUUGCUGUCUUCAUCACAGGCAACUGCUGUUGUCACUGACAUUGCUGCUACCACACACCACCUGCUGCUGCUGUUACCACCACACCUGCUGCUGCCGUCACCACCACCUGCUACAGCCACCACCACCUGCUUCUGCCACCUCCAUCUGCUACAGCCACCACCACCACCUGCUUCUGCCACCACCAUCACCUGCUACUGCCACCACCAUCUGUUACUGCCAUCAUCAUCCACUACUGUCACUACCACCCACUGCUGCCACCACUACCAUUGCUGCUGCUACCACCACUCGAUGCUGAUACCACCAUUGAAUACCUCCGCUGACACCACCACAACUCACUGCUGACACCAUCAACCUCUUAUUCCAUCAUCUCCCUCUGCUAUCAGAAUUAUUCACUCCUGCCACCACAUGCCACCACCCACAGUACCACCUACUUCCGUCACCACCACCAACUGGUGUCACUGUUAGGUGCACCACCAACCACUGUUUGCACCACCUGAACCCACUGCUGUCACCACCAACAAAUAACACCACCACUACCACCGACACAACUGGAUAUCUCUGCCACCACCGACACAACUGGAUAUAUCUCAGCCACCUCCCCUACCACCACCGCCACCACUGAACAUCUGCCAGCACCACUACCACUUCUCCCACCACUACCUCCAGCCACCACCACUACUACCAACCCAGGCAGAACCGUCACCAGCAGCCACCACAACUAAAAUCCCACCGCUGCCACCAUUGUUUACUCCCACAGCCACUAGAACUACCAUCCCUACCGUUGCUACAACUACCACCACCACCACUACUACUACUACCCCUUACUCCUACAAGCACUAGCAACCAUGCUCAAGUUCCGGGUGACGAACAGCACAAAGGCCAGGCGGGCAGCCGAGGCACAGAGACGGGCCUUGGAGGAGAAGGUGGGUACAGGGGAGGAUAACAUGGAUACAGAUCAGGAUAAUAUGGAUACAGAGCAGGAUAAUAUGGAUACAGAGGAGGAGGUGGGUACAGAGGAGGAGGAGGAGGAGGAGGCGGGUGCGGAGCUGGAGGUGGGUGCGGAGCUGGAGGCGGGUACGGAGCAGGAGGCAGGUACGGCGCAGGAGGCGGGUACGGAACAAGAGGCGGGUACGGAACAAGAGGCGGGUACGGAACAGAAAGAGAUUAAAGAAGAGGAGUUUCAGCUUGAAUGGGCAUGGAAGCCAAUGGCAGCUAUGAUGAACGAGGACAAGGCAGACCUUGUCUACUUUAUACCUCCUCUCUACAGCUCCAACUUGGUGGGGCCUGCCGCCCCCCGCCGCCCCUCUCUCUCACGCUCCUACACCCUCGCCGCCGCCGCCACAGAAAGGAAGAGGAGACUGGCCACAAGACGAACUAAAAUGACCAGUGAGCAGAUAGGCGAUACUAGAAGAGACAGCCAGAUGAGUCAGAUGAGCCAGAUGUGUGACAGGAGAGAUAGCGCAAUGAGCCAGAUGAGUCAGAUGUGUGACAGGAGAGAUAGCGCAAUGAGCCAGAUGAGUCAGAUGUGUGAUAGGAGAGAUAGCGCCAUGUGUGACAGGAGAGAUAGCGCAAUGUGCGACAGGAGAGAUAGUCAUAUCAUACCUGAGUUAAAGGAAGACCUGAUCUGCAUGAAAGAUCCCGACACUGAGAGUGGCAUCCACAUGGGCCACUCCCGCGAGGACCUGCCUCGCCGCAGUUUCCAGAGCAUCCAGGAAGAGAGAUUCCCUGAACUACAGCGACCUACCUUUGCAGGACGUCCUAAAGUUAGGUGCACCUCCAUGAAACUCCGGCCUCCCGAGAAGGUCUGCGAGGGAAUGAGGCGUGCCUCUGAUUCCGCUGCCAUGAAAUCCAAAACUCUGCCAUCGAUAUUUCGGCUUUUGAAACCAUCAUCAUACAACCAGAAGAACAAGCACCUGAGCAGAGAAGUGGAAUCACGCUGCUACGGCAGUAAGAAGGUGAAGAGGCCUUCGAUUAAGAUUUAUAACCCUCCCUCGCGUCUCUCUAAUCGACGAGCGAGAUCAAGUUUUUCUCAGAAUGAAGAAGAUGAUCCUUGUGUCUUCGUGUCCAUAGACCCCAAGGCCAGGGAGUCUGCCCGCCGCUUGUCCAUCGCUGCCGAACAACAAAGGGCUCAGGCAGCAGCCAAGGCUUUGUCGGGAGACUCGCCCAAGAUACGGCACGCCCAUCUGCAGAUGGUGCUGCGUCUCUUGGCCCAGAUGUACGAGGAGAAGGUUGUCCAUCAGGAUUCUGAGAUCAAAAGCCUGAAGUCAAAGCUGCAGAUACACGAUAAGCACCUGAAGCGAAUGGUACAGAUGAUCCUUCACUUGAAAGACGAGGUCAAUAAGAUGAAAAAUCAACGGAUCGCUAUGACUGAACAGAUGAAAGACAUCCAGAAUGGUAUUCUCAGUGUCAAAAUGGGAGUGGCAGGAAGAACCGGAAUAGAUGUAUAAGUGUUAAUAUACGACAUAAAAAUGAUUGUUAGUAUACUUACAAACAUUAUUAUCUCUCAUGGCAACUUUAAAAAGUAACAUUGUCAUGAGUAAAAAAAAAACCAAUAGAUUUUAUGUUAUUAGUAAUGAUUGCGGCCAAAAAU